AUGGAGGACCACCUCAACCUACUCUUCGCCUUCAUGGAGGGCAAGGACAUCACCAGGCUCAUCGCCACGGGUUGGGAGCAGCUCGCCUAUGCGUGCUCUGGAGCCGCCGACGCCGUGGUCACUGCUGCUGCCGCUGCCGCUACCAAGGGUGAGGAGGAGGCCAAGAAGGAGGAGGAUGAGGAGGACGUCGGCAUCGUUCGCCGUCGCACCCACGCUGUCGCCGUCAGCGUCGCCCUCCCAUCACAAGCCGCGACUGCCCUCGUCCGUCACACGUGUGUGAUCUAG